AUGUGAGCUCGAGACGGACCUAGCGGCGGGGCCCAGCGGCCGCGGGGGUUGCCGGGAGCCUGAGGGGUCCGGUCGGCCGCCAUGCUGCUCUUCUGCCCUGGUUGCGGGAACGGACUAAUCGUGGAAGAGGGACAGCGCUGCCACCGCUUCGCCUGCAACACCUGCCCUUACGUGCACAACAUCACCCGCAAGGUAACAAAUCGGAAGUAUCCAAAGCUGAAAGAAGUGGAUGAUGUGCUUGGUGGAGCGGCUGCCUGGGAGAAUGUUGACUCUACCGCAGAAUCCUGCCCUAAAUGCGAGCAUCCCCGUGCCUAUUUCAUGCAGCUUCAGACCCGCUCUGCAGACGAGCCAAUGACCACUUUCUACAAAUGCUGCAACGCUCAGUGUGGACACCGCUGGAGGGACUAGGGCCAGGCUGGCCCAGCUGUGUCGGUGAUCUGCUCACCUCGUUGCCCAGGGUAGAGGCCCAGUCAGGACUGUGCGCUGUGUGUCCUGAGCUUUUACUGGCUUGGCCGAAAGCUGACCCUGUUCGGGUAGCUGCCCGGGAUGUCCGCAGAUGAGCCCAUUUCUCUCCAGGGAGAGUUUGUGUGUGGGGAAGGGAAUCCCUAACCUAGUGUGCUCUUCUCUGGUCCUCACUUACCUCUUAAGUGAAUUGGUUAAUUGAUAUCCUCUGACCGUCAGUUCUCUGAGAUAUGUACCUUGUUUGCACAUCUAAGAAAGUAAAUUUCAUAAUUUAGUAUAUUAGCCGUCCCUAAGUACUUAACUAUUGGUUGUAAACUUAUCACAAUCAAUUUUGAGUAUUUAAUUAAAAUGGAAAGUCUACUACU